GCGCGGGCGGGGAGGGGAAGGAGACAAGUGAACUCAGAGAAGAACUAGCGCGGCGGGCGAGCAUUGCAAGCCGAGCUGCAGGGGCCCGGAGCGGAGACCGGAGGAGGGAGACGUCGCUUGCGAUGUCACCGGCAGCAUCCGCCGCCGAAACCGCCGUCGUCGUCGUCGUCGCAAGCGUCCCGAGCCAGCAGCAGAGCAGCCACCGCGCCGCGGCGCCGUCCGUCCCGUCGUCCUACGCCGUCUGGGAGAAGGAGCGGUAAGGCGUCUGCAGCUUUACGACGACGUCGUCGUCGUCUGCCACCUACCUACUGCUGCUGCUGCUGCAAGGGGAAGUAAAAAGGAACGGAAAGGGGGAAGGCAUGGAGGUGGAGGCGGCCAAGUGCGAGUGCUGCGGGUUCACGGAGGAGUGCACGCCGGCGUACAUCGCGGCGGUGCGCGCCCAGUACCUGGGCCGCUGGGUCUGCGGCCUCUGCGCCGAGGCGGUGGGCGACGAGAUCCGGCGCGAGGGGACCAUCACCACGGCCGAGGCGCUCGACCGCCACGUCGCGUUCGCGCGCGCGCCGCGCUCCCGGAGGGCGCCCGCGGAGGACGACCUCGUGGCGGCCGUGGCGCGGCUGCUCCGCCGCUGCCUCGACUCGCCGCCCGCGUCGCCUGCGCCGCCGCCACAGAGCCGGAAGGUGGCCGCAGGGCCCGGCUGCCCCGAUGGAGCCGACGCUUGAAGCUGCUUGCUUAAUUGGCGGCAAUGAUUGGGGGGUUGGUUCAGCUGCUGGUGGAUUAAUUAGUUGUACUAGUACAAGAAUAAACCUCCAGUGGCAUAAUAUGAUGGUACAAGUGCAUGUGUAGGUCGCCUUCCCGGAGAAUAAUUCGUGCCGGUAUCAUUUGACGAGAGAGGGGGCAAAUCACGCUCCGUGUGUGAUCGAGCAUGAAGCUAUUGUUAAGCAUAUCACUCAUUGGAGUACAUCAGGACAAACACUGUUCCAUUAGUUCUGCAUAUUCAGGUUGUAAGAAUAUUGUAUUGGAGUAGUCAAGUGCUAUCUUCUUGAAUUCAAUUCAAUCGAAGUAAUUUGAUA